CCAUUCAGAUUGAAACAGAAAGCAAGGAAGUUGAAAGUCCAGGAAACACAAGUCCCCAGUCCGCCGAAUCGAAUACGAAUUUCGCAGGCUGUCGGGGGGACAGCGUGAGGCGCGUUGACAGAUGAAGGGAAUUCUGGAAAUGGAUUUAAACCUACAGAUAUAUUUUUACUUGGUGCUGUGUGCAAACGUUUACUCUGCACAGGAGUUCGUGACUUUGAAGUGCGAGGAGACGGUGACGGGAAUAUUGAACGAGGACACGAUAUUGCCAUGCAACCUGACAACAGCAAAGCCAAGUAAAUCCAUAACCAUUGAAUUGAGAAAAGAUGAUGGAAAUGAUAGACCUAUUUUUCAGUUUAAUGGAAGUCAUAAUCUCAGGAAAGCUCAGGAUCGAAUUAAAUUACUUUCUCCAGAUCUACAAAAUGUAUCGUUGGUACUUCAAAAAACACAACUUUCAGAUAGUGGGAAAUAUAUUUACUUUUUGGAUACAGAUGUGGGAUAUCAGGAAGUUGACAUCGUUUUAGUGGUUAAAGCUCCCUACAGUUUGCCAAAACUGGCAGUUAAUUUGGCAGAAAUGACCAAGGUGGUCACUUGUGAAACAACUGGAUAUCCUUCCGCUCAGAUUCAUUGGACCGUCAAUGGGAAAAACCUCACACUCAGCUCAGAAACCAAAAGAAAAGAAACUGCUCAAGGACUGAUCUCUAUUACCAGCACACUUCCAAUUAUAAUGUCAGAAACUGACCAGGAGCAUAACUACACUUGUGCUGUGUGGAAUGAGGCAGAGCGUAAAUAUGAAGCCAGGAACAAUAUCUCAACUCCCUACAGUUUGCCAAAACUGGCCUUAAUUAAUUUGACAGAAACGACCAUGGUGGUCACUUGUGAAACAACUGGAUAUCCUUCCGAUCAGAUUCAUUGGACCGUCAAUGGGAAAAACCUCACACUUAACUCAAAAACUAAAGGAAACAAAACUGCUCACGGACUGAUCUAUUUCACCAGCACACUUCUAAUUAUAACGUCAGAAACUGACCAGGAACAUAACUGCACUUGUGCUGUGUGGAAUGAGGCAGAACAUAAAUAUGAAGCCAGGAACAGUAUCUCAAUUGCAUAUCAGCCAAUUAAGAAUCAACACACUGAAGGAAGAAAGAGAAAAUCCCUCACAUCAGUAGGUAUCAUUGUUGGAGGUCUUGCUGCUGGAAUAUUCCUCCUGGGUCUUUUGAAAUUCUGGAGAAGGCGCCAUCGAGCUUGACAGUUCUAUGAAGAAGCAGGAAAUCAAAUGCUUAAAAAAUUUACUCAGAUUUGAGGACUGUCCCACUAACUUUGAACUUAUAUCGAGGAACCAUCAUUUUGUGAUAUGAUGUCUGAUCUGUCUGAUGUUCUGUUGUGCAACUGUGAAACUUCAACAUCCUUCACAAAGAACUCUGACAUUCCUCUGUAAUAACUUGAAAGCAAGAAUUGUGCUUUUAAUAAUCUCAGUUCUUGGGUAAAAUAAGAACCCAGUUUUAACUCGGGCACUUUGUUGGACUCUUCACCAUCGCUUUUAUCUGAAAUUAAUGGCUUCAUAUAUUGAUUAUUAGUGCUUUAAUCAAUCUCAUCAGUGAGAUCAGUCUCAAGUAUCAAAGAGUGACACUGUUUUACACCUGAAAUACUAAGCAAGCCUGUGUACAAAAUCCUAUAAGGCAAUGAAGAGAGAAUAAGCUCUUAAGCUCAGUUGCACUUUGAAAGUUUGCUUCCUGUUGAAUGAAUCCAUUAAGCCAUUUUUCCGCUGAGCUGUACUUCUCAGGAACUAAAACAAUGAAAUGUGAUAUGUAGUCAGCUUCUGUCCAAAAUAGAAGCAGGAGUAUUAUGUAAGUAGAAUACUACACAUUUUUGCCAUUUGUAUCGUAUGUAUGGAGAAGGAAAACUGAUUUUAAACCUCCGCUGUCUGGUGGCCAUACAGACUCAUGGGAAAGUCUUCGUGAGUAAACCCCGAGGAAGAAAUCCGGAGCCCGGGUCCCUUAGGCAGUUUGAUGAUGUUUGCAGCUUCACUCUGGCAACUCUGCGAUGACACUGGUGCCAAGUUGUAUCGGCACUUGCCCUUCCCUUGGGUUACAUCAGUGACAUGGCAAGGAUGAACCCACUGCAUGGGCAACAGCUGGUUCUUCAAAUCUUCCCACCCAGGCUUGCACCCUGGAGAGGACACAGCCCACCAGAGGCGCAAACCCAUGAUCUCCUGAGAUCGACGGCUGUCUAUUAUUAUAACAUAUCAAUUGUGUAUGUUAAAAUUUUUUGUGUUUUGUCUUUUAAGUCAAAUGCAGUGAACACGUGCAAUAUUAUAGAUUAUAAUUUGAUCAGUCGUCUUUUCUAUGUUUUAAGGAUUAGAAUAUCUAAAUUUACUAAUAAAAUUUCUGCUUAUUUUCUAAGUAUUUCUACUUUAAUUUCUUUUAUGUACAUAGCCCAGUGACAUUGCUAAUUUGAUAUUUUUACAUGUAUUUUAUACAUUGUUCUUCUUUUCCUCCUAAAAGUACUUAGAUACAUUAACCAUUUCUAAUGUCUUGCUAUCCUACACUAUCGCUUAUGUGAGCCAUGCCAAUGAAUGUGAGCUGGCUGUAACAAUGUAAGGUUUUAAAAUCAAACCCUAACAUUUGGUGACUGCAACCUUAAUAUACAUCACUUCCUGUAGCGGAUCCUCAUAAAAAUACUAUUCAGUUCGAGUGAGUGUACAAUGUCCUGUGUAUGUUACUCAAAAUGGCUUCUUUGGUUUGUUAAGAGUAGGAAUGCUUCUUUGAUAAGCGUUUCUCUCACAGUUGUUUAGCUUUAGACUUGCUGAUAUGGGGAUUGUAUUCAUUUGUUAACCAAUGGGGAAUGUUAUUUUGUCUUGUGAGGCUGGGAGCUUGGGGGGUUUUCAGGAGAAGACGCCGAGGAAGGUGGACAUGCGCUGCACUGCUUUGUUGAAAAACAGGGGGUGGUCCCAGGUGCGAAGAAGUGGACAUCAGAGGAAAGUGAUGAGGGGUCGAAUGGUUCGAUGGUUGAGCUCCAUCGAUGUGCACUAAACUGACUGAACUUUGAUAAGUUAGCGCCUUUUGCUUUUUCCUUUCUAUCAUAUAUAUUGUAUUGCCUAGUACUCUUUUAGUUUUAGUAAACUCUUUAAAGUGUAUUUCAUAACGGUAUCUGGUGUGAAUUUGAUACUGUGUGCGUGCGCGAGGCAUAAGCUUAAUUCCCACAGCACCUGCGUGUACGGGAGGUGGGGGUGGUGUGUGGCUGGAUCUCAUUUUCCCCUAGACAGAUAUCAGCCUGUUGGGUGAGUGUUACAUGAGUAAUUAAAAUAAAAUGAAAAUUGAGUGUCAUUUGCUUUAUUUUUAUUGUCAGAAGAGUGAAAACCAUAGAACCAUAGAACAUUACAGCACAGAAACAUUCCUUUUGGCCCUUCAUGGCUGUGCUGAACCAUUUUUCUGCCUAGUCCCACUGACCUGCACCUGGGCCAUAUCCCUCCAAACCCCUCUCAUCCAUAUACCUGUCCAAGAUUUUCUUAAAUGUUAUACGUGAGCCCGCAUUUACCACUUCAUCUGGCUGCUUAUUCCACACUCCCUCCACUCUGUGCGUGAAGAAGCCCCCCUCAAUGUUCCCUUUAAACUUUUCCCCCUUCACCCUUAACCCAUGACCUCUGGGUCUCCCCGGCCUCAGUGGAAAAAGCCUGCUUGCAUUCACUAUCUAUACCCAUCAUAAUUUUAUACACCUCUAUCAAAUCACCCCUCAUUCUCCUAAGAUCCAGGGAAUAAAGUCCUAAUCUAUUCAACCUUUCUUUGUAACUCAGUUUCUCAGGUCCUGGCAACAUCCUUGUAAACCUUCUCUGCACUCUUUCAACCUUAUUAAUAUCCUUACUGUAAUUAGGUGGCCAAAAGCUGUGGGAUUUUUAAAAAAUUGUUUUGUGAAGUGAUUAGCAAUGUUACUGACCUAAUUUGGGAAAUAAAUUUGAACUUUGA